AUGUCUUCGAAUAAUAUUGAUAAUAUCAUUAAACAAACGGACGGUGUUGUACUAGCAAUUAGAAAGUUACGAAAAAUUUUAUUUGAUAAUUUUACAAUCAGUGAUGCGGAAGUGUGGUUAAAUAGAUUACAAAAACAAAUUAGAUUAUGUAAAAGGAUAAUUCGUAGUAGAAAACAGAAUAAAUUAUCUGUAGGGACUUGUAGAAAAAUAGAAACAAAUAUGGGUCAUUUUAAACAUUUCAGAAAGCUAAUUUUAAAUAGACAUAUCGGGGCAGGUCUUCACCUAAAGUUGGGGCAGAGGGUUAAAUGGGAAAAUGUACAAUCAAGUUUUCAAAGUAGAAUCAAAACCGGAAUUAUAGCUAAUUUACGACAUAAGGAUUUGAAUCAAUUUUUAGGAGAUUGCGUAGUUGUUUUUAAAAAUAAAAUCGGUAAAAUUUUAAAAACUCACUCUGCACUUAAAGUAAAUACAGCAUUUUGUGGGGAGUUUAUUAGAAAAUCAGGAGAUAAUGAAAUUGUAGAGAUUAAAUAUUUUAAUACUAAAAAUUAUAUUAUUGAUUUAUCAACUCAAAUAUACGAAUGGUUCAAGGAAAAUGUAGUAGAUAAACUUUUAAACGAAUUAUCGGAAUUUGCCGAAAAAGAUUCGGGGUUUGCAUUAAAUAAAAUUAUUUCUUUGGCUGUUAAUAUCAAUAAAUUUCAACUUGGGAACGGUUCAUCUUACAUUAGACUCCCAGAACCAAUUUUAAAAAAGAAAGCUUGUAUUAAUGUAAAAAAUACAGAUCAGAACUGCUUUUACUGGGCUAUCGUAAGCGCUCUUCGGGCUCCUAGACAUAAAAGUAAACCACAAAGAACCUCCUCAUAUCCAUAUUUUACGGAAGUUUUACAAACAGAGAAUUUAGAUAGUCCUAUGCCAUUAUCGCAAAUUUCAAAAUUUGAAAAAUUAAAUAACAUUUCAGUCAAUGUUUACGCUCUAGAAUUAAUUAAAACAGAGAAAGCAUCGUUUUACACAGUAGUACCAGCCAGAUUGACGGAAAAUAAACGGGACACACACGUUAAUUUACUUUUAAUUCAAAGUCAUUAUUAUCCUCGCUUAAAUGAUUAUGAUGCUCCACCAACUGAAGAAAAUGAUUGUAACGAAGAGAUUAAAUACCACUAUUGUUGGAUUAAAAAUUUGUCGUAUCUUGUUAGUAGGCAAACAAAUAAGAACGGCCACAAAAAAUUUAUUUGCGAUAGAUGUAUGAAUUAUUUUCAUCAGCAAAAUAAAUUUGUUGAGCAUGAAAAAGUGUGUUCUAAAUUUAAUAAACAUAAGAUUAACAUUCCAAAAGAAAGCCACGUCGAAUUUAAAAACUUUACAUACCAGCAAACUACUCCUUUUGUCGUUUAUGCAGAUUUUGAGUGUCAAUUAGAAAAUUAUAACCAAAGCAACGUAAAUUUAACUAAAACUUUAAAAUAUCAAAAACAUGUUCCGUACAGCGCAGGCUACUAUGUAAAAUGUUGUUAUGAUGAUAGUCUUUCUUAUUUUGAUAGUUAUCGAGGUGCAGAUUGUAUGGAUUGGUUUGCAGAUCGUAUGGUUGACGUUUCUAAUUGUGUUGCUUCGAAACUAAAAACAAUAGUGCCUAUGAUUGAAAAACCAAAUGCAAGUACAGCGACAUCUUGUCACAUUUGUAGUAAACAUUUUUCAGACAAAGGCAUUAUUGUUAAAGACCACGACCAUUUCAAUGGGGCAUUUAGGGGAUUCGCACACCAAGCAUGCAAUCUUAACUUCAGAAAAUUGUUUGUAGUUCCCAUCGUUUUUCAUAAUUUGUCCGGAUAUGACGGUCAUUUUAUGAUUUCACAUUUAUGCAAAAAAGGUUACUUGAGUGUUCUUCCCAUUAACAAAGAUAAAUACAUCUCCUUUACGCUGCAUUCAGAUAAAAAUAACAUUAAAUUACGAUUUAUAGACUCUUUUCGAUUUAUGGGGGCUUCUCUUGAUGAAUUAGCUUCAAUUUUAGCCGAUUCAGAAAAGAAAAUUUUAAGGAGGGAAUUUCAAGGUUUAGAAAAUGAGAAAUUUAAUUUGUUAACGCGUAAAGGAGUUUUUUGCUAUGAUUACAUAGAUAGUUUGUCGAAACUAGAUGAAACUUCUUUACCUCCAAUUGAAAAUUUUUAUAAUAAAUUAAAUGAUGAGAAUAUAAGUGAUGAGAAGUACGCUCAUGCGCAAUCUGUUUGGCAUCAAUUUAACAUUCAAAAUAUAGGGGAAUAUUCCGAUUUGUAUUUAAAAACAGAUAUUCUGCUUCUUGCGGACGUUUUCGAACAAUUACGCAAAAAAUGUUUUUCCACCUAUGGCCUGGAUCCUGCGUGGUACUAUACAAUGCCCGGAUAUACGUGGGACUGUAUGCUCAAGUAUACAGGAUGUAGGUUAGAACUACUAAAGGAUCCAGACAUGGUGCUGUUUUACGAGAACGCCAUAAGAGGUGGAAUAUCCGUAUGUAGCAACCGAUUUUCUGAAGCUAACAAUAAAUAUAUGUCUGAUUACGAUCCUAAAAAACCGUCCAAAUACCUUAUGUACCUGGAUGUUAACAAUUUGUAUGGUUUUGCAAUGGAGCAGCUCUUACCCUACGGAGGAUUUAAAUGGUUGGAUGAUGUAACAUCGUUUGAUGUGACAUCAAUAGCCGAUAACUCUGACGUAGGGUAUAUCUUACAAGUUGAUCUAUCAUACCCACAAGAAUUGCAUGAUAAACAUAAAGAUUUUCCGUUUGCAGCCGAACGCAGCGUACCACCCAGAGGCGGGGUAAAAUUACCGAAAUUAAUGACAACACUUCACGAUAAAAAAGAAUAUACUGUUCACUAUAAAAAUUUAAAACAAAUGCUAGCUAAUGGACUAAAGUUAACGAAAAUUCAUAACAUUUUACAAUUUAAACAGGCAGCCUGGUUGAAGCCCUACAUCGAGCUAAAUACUCGAAAUAGGGCUGCAGCUCAGACAGAUUUCGAAAAAAAUUUGUAUAAAUUAAUGAACAACGCUGUGUUCGGAAAAACUAUGGAGAACUUAAAAAAACACCGUAUUUGUAAAAUCGCGAAAUCUUGGGGUGGUCGCUAUGGCGCCGCAAAUUUAAUUUCGAGUUUUAGAUUCCAUAGUUGUACAAUUUUAGACGAAAAUCUAGUGGUUAUCGAAUUAAAAAAGCUUGAAAUAACGUUUAAUAAACCUCUAUAUGUAGGGCAGGCGAUUCUAGACCUCUCUAAGACAGUCAUGUAUGAUUUUCAUUACACCUAUAUGUUACCAAAAAUGGGAGCAGAUAGGUGUAAGCUUAUGUACAUGGACACCGAUAGUUUUGUCUACGAGUUGCAGUGCGAGGAUGUAUAUGAGGAGGUAAUUAAAGCUGACUCUAGUAAAUUUGAUACUUCAGAUUAUUCUAAAAAUAACAUAUAUAAAAUACCGCAAAAAAACAAAAAGGUGCCGGGUCUAAUGAAAGAUGAAAACAACGGUAAAAUUAUGACACAUUUUGUGGGGCUUCGAAGUAAAAUGUAUAGUUACAAGGUGCAGGGUGGGAAGAUCGUUAAAAAAUCUAAAGGAGUUAAAUAUAAUGUUGUUAAAAAUAAAAUAAAAUUUGAGGAUUAUGUUGAAUGUUUGAAAAGUUUUAAAGAAAAAACAGCUACACAACGCUGUAUUAGAUCGUAUGCACAUAACGUCUAUUCUGUCGAACAAAGUAAAAUUGGUUUAAGUCCGCAUGAUGAUAAACGCUAUUUAAUUCCAAACAGUUUUGAUACACUCCCGUGGGGUCACUACAGAAUUUUAGAAUAG